AUGCUUGUCUUCCGCAACCAAACAUCCUACAACCGAUUCUGGGAUGGGCGGAACGGAAUGAACACACUCAACACCUGUGUGCGUAACCUCGUCCGCACAAUCGCAACAAAUAGUUACAAUUCAAAGCGGGGACCACCCACUGCCGCAGAGCGCGAGGAUAUCGAGCGCACUGUUCGCAUUCUUAUGGCUAUUCCGUAUGCCGUAAAAAACCAUUUACGUGCCGAGUGGGGCGCUGCUUGGGCUUUUGGUCAUGCCGUCGAUGAGGAUCUAAACAUGCAUCCAUCCACCCUUUACAACCCCGAAUAUGCCAACCUGUUACCUGCAGGCCUUGAAGGCCAUGAAGAUGAGGGAUUAGGUCUUCCUUUCCAGUUAACUUUCUUCGUCGAUGGGUUUAUCAAGCGUGGCGAAGAGCGCGGAUGGUAUCCUGCGCCUGGUGCUAGUCAGAUGCAGGCUCAGUUGAAUACCUUGACUGAUGCAUAUGGGAGGAUGGAAACGAUCAAGUUGACUCCGAUGCCAGUGGCCCACCUGAUCCACCAAAGGCAAGUCCUCGCCCUGUUUGGCUGUGUUUUACCGUUUGCCAUGGUCGAUGAGAUGGGAUGGUGGGCCAUCCCCAUUGUCAGCCUUGUCAUCUUCACACUUUAUGGCAUUGAGGGAAUAGGCUCGCAAUUGGAAGAUCCAUUUGGCUACGACAGGAAUGACAUCAAGAUGGAUGCUAUCGUCGGUGACUCCAAAACUGAAAUUGAUGUUGUUUUGUCUGAGUGGCGCACGCACUCGAAAGCCAUGGAGGCAUUGAAAGAACAGCCCGCUGGUGCAGUUCAUGGUGACUUAUGUUUAAUGCCUGAUCAAAAUGAAUCUGCAAACGGAUGUGUGGACGGGAAGUAUACGCCCCCAGACUUGUUCUUGAGAUUGAGACCGAGUGAUAGCAGGUGA